AUGGGAAUACUAUGCAGGCACAUUUUGGUGAUUUUUCAAGCAAAAAAUAUUAUUCGAAUUCCUUGUCAGUACAUAUUGGAGCGUUGGACAAAAGAGGCCAACAAAUGUAUAGAGGUGGGUGACAUUGAAAUUUGGAAUAAUGAAUCAAAUGUUUUGAGAAGUAUGAAUGUGCAACGUAAAUUUGACCACUUUUCUAAUUUGGCUAAAAGAUCCGAAGAUGCAUACAAGUUUAUUAUAUCAGAACUUGAUCGCAUUUAUAAUAUGGCCAGUACAAUGGGAAUGGAAAUCGUAGAUGUCAAUGAAGAUCCUAUAGAGUCAAAUCAACAGAAUUUGACAUGUGACACAACAAAUGAUGCUUCAGAUUUUAAUAUCAAAGACCCAUAUGUUUCACAUACAAAAGGAAGAAGAAGAAAGGAUUUUGACAAAGUCCCUCUAACAUGGAGGUUUAAGAGUGGUCUUGAAUUAUCGAUAAACAAGGCAUUGGUUAAAAGGAGAGCAUGUAAGUCUUGUGGAGAAUAUGGUCACUACCAAUCAACUUGCAAACAAAAGACAAGUCAGUGUAAGUUAUAUUGGCUUUAA